UCGUGGCGCCUGCCGGGAACUGUAGUCUCUGCGGCCAAGCGUGGCAGACCGGGGAUGCGCGCGCAAGGCGUGCUGGGAGUUGUAGUCCCAGCCGGCCCGGGAGGGGAAGGAAGGACGGAGGGCUCCUUCGGGCUGCGCUGCCGGAGCUCGGGCGGCGAUGCAGAAAUACGAGAAGCUGGAGAAGAUCGGAGAGGGCACCUAUGGGACGGUUUUCAAGGCCAAGAACCGGGAGACGCACGAGAUCGUGGCCCUGAAGAGGGUGCGGCUGGACGACGACGACGAGGGAGUCCCCAGCUCAGCCCUGCGGGAGAUCUGCCUGCUUAAGGAACUGAAGCACAAGAACAUUGUGAGGUUGCAUGAUGUGCUCCACAGUGACAAGAAGCUCACGCUGGUCUUUGAAUUCUGUGACCAGGAUCUGAAGAAAUACUUUGACAGCUGUAAUGGGGAUCUGGACCCUGAGAUUGUGAAGUCUUUCAUGUAUCAGUUGCUGAAGGGCCUGGGCUUCUGCCACAGCCGAAAUGUUCUCCACCGUGACCUCAAGCCUCAGAACCUCCUGAUCAACCGGAACGGGGAGCUGAAGUUGGCAGACUUUGGCCUGGCUCGGGCCUUUGGGAUUCCUGUACGCUGCUAUUCGGCCGAGGUGGUGACGCUCUGGUACCGCCCUCCGGACGUCCUCUUUGGGGCCAAGCUCUACUCCACCUCCAUAGACAUGUGGUCCGCUGGCUGCAUCUUUGCAGAGCUGGCCAAUGCUGGGCGCCCCCUCUUCCCAGGCAAUGACGUGGACGACCAGUUGAAGAGGAUCUUCCGGCUGCUGGGGACCCCCACGGAGGAGCAGUGGCCGGGGAUGACCAAACUCCCAGACUACAAGCCGUACCCCAUGUACCCUGCAACAACUUCUCUGGUCAACGUGGUGCCCAAGCUCAAUACGACAGGCCGGGACCUGCUCCAGAACCUGCUCAAGUGCAACCCGGUGCAUCGGAUCUCUGCAGAGGAUGCGCUCCAGCACCCCUACUUCACAGACUUCUGCCCCCCAUAGAGGCGUGUGUGUGUGUAUCAUAUCUGGUGUGGCCAAAGGGAGUGUGGGGGGAUGCCCCCUCCAUGUACCAGCCAGGUUUUUCACCAGCUUGCAGGAGAUGCUAGUGCUGCGAUCCUCAGGGGACCACUUGGGAUGUGAAGGGGGGGGAGAAGUGGGCUAGGCCUCUUGCUUCCUCUCUCCUGCAGCCCCUUCCUCUGCCCCCCCCCAUGCCAACAGCAGCUCCUGCAAGCGCAUUGAGUAGCCCUGGAGAGCUGUAACUUGUCUCACUGAUGUGAAUAAUAUUUUGUGAAAUAUAUAUAAAGCGCUUCUUCUGCU